GCAAUCCGAAUGAAUCAACAUGGCGGCCUCCAUGCAAAGAAAUGUUGCUCUUUUAAAAUUAAGUAAAUUAGCUAAUAUUAAGAAAAUGCAGAAAGUACAGCAAUGGUAAGAAUUAAAAUUGAGAACCCCAUUGUCUGUACUGAUCUCAAAGAUGGAACAAAAUAAAUAUUUGAUGAUUACCAGUGAUGAUUACGGAUACAGUGACACAAGAGAUGAUGGCAUACUGGAAUGUUUUAAAUCAGGGGCAAUAACUGGAGCUGCUGCCAUUGUGAAUGGGGUUUCCAUAGAAUCAGGAGUGGCCAAGGCCAAGUUGUGCGGAAUGCCUUUGACCUUGCAUCUGAAUCUGACUGAAGGACAUCCUGUUGGUAGUAACUACACAACACUUACCAACAAGCAUGGAUCAUUGCUUGGAAAGAUGGGGUUCCAAGAAGCAAUCAGUAGAAAUUCCAUAAGUGGGCAAGAGAUUCGUGAUGAAAUCCAGAGCCAGAUUGACCGAUUCACACAACUGACCAACUACAAGCCACCUAAAGUUGAUGGUCACCAACAUGCUCAUGUUGCUCCAGGUGUGGCAGAGAUAUAUGCAGAUGUAUUACACCACAACGGAAUUGGAAUGACAAGACUUCCUAUAGAAACUGAAGCAGAAGACUCUGCAAGAAGCGAAUUUCUCAAAACAAUUGUGAUACAAUCCAUGGCUGCGUCAGUUACUUGUCAGGAGAAGAAAAUAUGGUCCCCCAACUUUGCUGGUCUGGAUACCAUGGGAAACAACAUGACACUGCCACGCUUGCAGCAGAGUGUCCUUAAAGCCUUUCAGAGGAGUUCUCCCACUCAAGAAGUUAGCAUUGCUGUUUCACAUCGGCCUGCAAGUUUCAGAGAACCACCAGCAGACCAAUUCUGUGAGUUGAUGGUGCACCCUGGGUACAAAACAGGGGAAAGUGGAGGCUGUGGUGACGGGCCUGACGACUUCUCUCGAAGUGGUGACCGUGAGCAUGAAAUGAGAAUUCUCAUGAGUCAGGAUAUGAAGGACUUCUGGGCCAAGCAGGAUAUAAAGCUUAUUUCUUUCAAAGACAUAACUUUUAUUUAAAAUUACAUUUCUAAUACACAUAUGUAUUUAGUAACAAAACUUUAAUACCAACACAUGAUUAAAAAUAAGAGGGCCUGAAAGGCCCAAAGUCGCUCAACUGAGAUUCAAAGGAAUUGACCUGUUCUGUGCAGCCCAAGAUGUCAUUAGAACAAUAUGUUCUUACCAACUUUCAUGACUAGUGAACACCCUGGCAGCCACGUUUUUCAACAGACCAGAACCAUUUUCAUACACAUCCAAGAUAUCAUUUAAACAAAUAUACUGACAAAGUUUCAUGAAGAUUCAUAAGUCCAUAUAAGGAAAAAUGCCCCGCCCACUGGUGGCCAUGCUUUUCAAGCGACUGGAACCAUUUUCGAACUUGUCCAAAAUAUCAUUGGGACAAAUCUUCUGACAAAGUUUCAUGAUGAUCGUACAAUAAAUAUGGCUUCUAGAGUGUUAACAAGGUUUAACUAUAGCUAUAUAAGGAAAAAUGCCACGCCCCCUUGGCGGCCAUGUUUUUCCACCAACCGGAACCAUUUUCAAACUCAUCCAAGAUAUCAUUGGGACAAAUCAUCUGACCAAGUUUCAUGAUGAUCGGACAAUAAAUGUAGCCUCUAGAGUGUUAACAAGGUUUUACUAAAGCAUGAUAUACAGCCAUAUUAGGAAAAAUGCCCAGCCCCCUUGUGACCAUGUUUUUUAAGCAACUGAAACCAUUUUCGAACUCAUCCAAGAUAUCAUUAGAACAAAUCUUCUGACCAAGUUCCAUGAAGAUCGGAAAAUAAAUGCGGCCUCUAGAGUGUUAACAAGGUUUUACUAUAGCCAUAUAAGGAAAAAUGCCCCGCCCCCUGGCAGCCAUGUUUUUCAACCAACCGGCAUCAUUUUUUAACUCGUCCAAGACCAAAUUUCAUGAACAUCAGACAAUAAAUGUGGCCUCUAGAGUGUUCACAAGGCAAAAUGUUGACGACGGACGAUGCACGACAGACAAAAAGCGAUCACAAAAGCUCACCAUGAGCACGUUGUGCUCAGGUGAGCUAAAAAAUGUUUUUCAUUUAAUAACAAGCAUUGAUUUGCGAUUAAGAAGCAUCACAUACAGAAUACAACAGUACAACAAUUGUAGCAGACUAUCAUGAACUAUAAAUUAAUGUAUACUGUUUAAAAAUGUAUUAAUAAAUUGAAUACCUUUUUAA